AUGGACGUGGAUGAGCAAAAACCAGAUAUUGCUGCUUUGGGCGGCGGGCAUACCGGCGAAGAGAGUGAUUUUUACGAAGAGGAAAUGAAGCUUUUUGUCGAUUUUGAUAUAUGCUUGGAUUUGGAAGACCCCAAUCUACUCAUCAAAGUCAUAGGAAUUGAGUCGGAAAAUCCCAUCAUCCAGGUUAACGACGAGGUGUAUCGGGCCACGCCGGAUUUCGCGUUCGGAACGAACGUUUUCUUCGAAAAAGAUCCUCAGCGAACGGCGAUGCUGGAUCCUGUAUUCGAAAACAACAUAAAAGACAUGUACAAGUACGUGGACAAAACGGACAAGGUGUUUCGGAUGAAGCGAAUAUUUCUCACCGACAAGAGCAAAGAGAAGCAGGAACCUUCAGACCAGGAAAGUUCCAGCGAAGAGCAAAUCGAGGAUAAGAACAAAUACGAAGUCAACAUGACAUAUGAAGCAGCACUGAACCAGCACCUUCCUGAGGGUUGCAUGCCGCCUCGGCAUAUCGCUGGAAGGUUAAACGGCACGGCGUUGGUGAAAAAUCGCCAUGGAAGCGAUGUCGUCUUCGAAAAAGGCGAAUCAUCCAAGCACGGAUUGACUGAAUAG